AUGCGCGGACUCAUCGCUAUCGGAUCGCUCUGGCUUUGUGCUUUCGAGUCGUCCUUGGCUGCUCCAAGCACAACUGCCAAAACGGUACCGGUACGAACGGAGAAUGGCCUUAUUACGGGACAUCGUGCACCGAAGGCCAACAACGUCUGGGAGUACCUGGGCAUACCAUAUGCAGCACCUCCGUUAGGAGACUUGCGAUUUGCAGAACCGCAAAGGUACCAAGGCAAGGGCGCAUACAAUGCGAGCAGUUUUGGCUAUGACUGUCCCCAACAGGCUGCUUCACAGCCUGCCUUUCCAGGCUUCACAUCUCAGGCCAACAGGAUAUUAGCCUUCUUUACUUCGGCUACGGGGACGCGGCGCAGUGAGGAUUGUCUGACUUUGAACAUUUGGUCGAAACAGACGGGACCAUUCAAUGCACAGAAGCCAGUCUUCGUCUUGUUUCACGGAGGACGCUUCGCGGGGGGCAACACAGCUACCCCAUUCGCCAAUGGCCAGUACCUCGCAAACAAUGAAGAUAUCGUAGUCGUUUCGGUCAACUAUCGCCUGAAUGUCUUCGGUUUCCCCGGUGCCCCCGGCGCUGCAGCCAAUCUUGGGCUAAAAGACCAACGUCUCGCCGUAGAAUGGCUUCGAAAGAACAUUGCUGCCUUUGGCGGCAACCCCAAGAAAAUUGUGAUAGCAGGCCAGUCCUCCGGCGGCGCCGCCGUAGACUGGUGGUCGUAUGCCUACCGCAAGAACCCCAUUGUCCACGGCCUCAUGUCGACUUCGGGGAAUGCCUUCAGUUUUCCGAUGAACACUGCGCAAAAGCAAAAAGACAAUUGGAACACGCUGUCCAUUGCCAUGGGCUGCGGCAACUCCGCCGAUUCCCUCUCCUGCAUGCGCAAACAACCCUUCGAAGCCAUCUCGCUCGCCGUUACCAGAAUCGCCCCCAGCCCUGGUGGAAGCCCCGUCCGCUCAACACCACCAUUCUACCCCAUGGCCGACAACAGCACCAUCUUCAGCGCACAAGAAUACCUCGCUCGCUCUUCCUCCGGUGACUUCGCCCGACUCCCCUAUUUCCACGGCCACAACGACUACGAGCAGGGAUACUAUGUGAUCCCUGCCUUUGCCCAGGGCCGCAACGUCACUGAAGAGCAAUCCGCACAAUUCCUUCUCGAGUCGUUUGUUUGUCCGACGUCGUAUGAAGCCCAUCAACGCGUCAAGGCCAAUGUUGCAACAUGGGUCUAUCGCUACUUUGGCGAUUGGGACAACACGCGCUUGUAUCCCACGAGCGGUGCAUACCACGGCUCAGAAUUGCACAUGAUCCUCGGAGGCUCGGAAGAUGCUAGCGGUCUUCCUGCCACACGCGCACAAAAAGAGGCCGUGAAAUUGUUUCAGGGAGCUGUUGCGGCAUUUGCCGCGGAUCCUCAACACGGCUUGACGAGGUUUGGAUGGCCGAAGUUUGAUCCAAAGAUGAAGAGUUGGAUUGAGCUUGUGGUGGGGGGUCAGGCGAGGGUGUCAUUUGCGGAACCGGGAAAGUAUGAUGGAAAGUGUGCGAAUGUUACUAUGGGGGCUUUGUCGACGCUGGCUUGCAGUUGA